AUGAAGGACUCCCGGGCGGGGCUGGGUGUCUGGGGCGUGUCCAGGCUGCAUGCCUUUGCUGGAAAAAGGACGUCUGUGGCCGCGUGUCCUCUCUCCGGGUGGGGAGUAGCGGCCUCGCGCGUGCACGGGCUGGACGUGGUUUCAGCUGGCGGUGUCAGGAGGUCAGGUGUUGCCUUGGCCGCAAAAACCAGAACAGGAGGAAAGAAGAUCCACUGUGCAUCAAAAGUCAUGGCAGAGGGUCUGAAGUUUGAAGAUGUGGCCAUUUUCUUCUCUCAAAAGGAAUGGGAAUGCUUGCACUCUACCCAAAAGGAUUUGUACCGAGAUAUAAUGUUGGAAAAUUAUAACAACCUGAUCUCACUGGGACUUUCUGAUUCUAAGCCAGAUGUGAUCUCCUUAUUGGAACAGGGGAAAGAACCCUGGAUUGUUAAAAAGAAGGAGGCAAAAGAAUGGUGCCCAGAUUGGGAGUCCAGAAGAAAAACCAAGAAUUUGUCUCCAAAGGAGGGCAGUUAUGAAAUUAAGUCAUUGCAACCAAAGAUAACAAAAAGACCCAUAAGUUCUAACCUUGUGUGCAUUAGGGUCAAAAAUAAUAGUGAAAUCAAAUGCUACUUGGAGAAACAACAGGAUGGACAUUUCAGACCAAUGGUAAUGACCUCUGAAGAAAGGUCUGCUUCUAUUCAGUGUACGGUCAAUAGACUACCUCAUAUAAUUCAUACUGGAGCGAAAUGUGAAUGCAAGGAAUAUAAAGAAGCUUUCAGUUACCAAGCACACCACCUGCAACAUGAAAGCAUUCAUAAUAAGGAAAAAAGCUCUAAAUGUGGAGACUAUGGUAAAGCCUUUAAUAGUAGAUCAGGCUUGAUUAAACAUCAAAGAAUUCAUGAAAGAAAGAAAAGUAAUGAAUAUGAGAAAUGUGCCUUUAUUCAUGACUCUGAAAUUACUAAACCUCAAAGCAUUAAUAUUGGUGAGAAAGCUCAUAAAUGUAAAGAAUGUGGAAAAGCUUUUCAUUCUAGCUCACAACUUUCAAAACAUCAAAGGAUUCAUAUUGGUGAGAAACCCUAUAAAUGUAAGGAGUGUGAGAAGGCAUUUUCAUCUACCUCACAACUUAAUUUACAUCAGAGAAUUCAUACAGAUGAGAAAUACUAUGAAUGUAAGGAAUGUGGAAAAGCCUUCACCCGUCCCUCACAUCUUUUUCGACAUCAGAGAAUCCAUACAGGUGAGAAACCCCAUAAGUGUAAGGAAUGUGGUAAAGCUUUUCGUUAUGAUACACAACUUAGUCUUCAUCAAAUAAUUCAUACUGGUGAAAGACGCUAUGAAUGUAAAGAGUGUGGAAGGGUAUAUAGUUGUUCCUCACAACUGAAUCUGCAUCGAAGAAUUCAUACUGGUGAGAAACCUCAUAAAUGUAAGCAGUGUGGGAAAGCUUUUAUCUCUGAUUCACAUCUUAUUCGACAUCAGAGUGUUCAUACUGGUGAGAAACCAUAUAAAUGUAAGGAAUGUGGGAAGUCCUUUCGCCGUGGCUCAGAACUUACUCGACACCAGAGAGCUCACAGUGGUGAGAAGCCCUAUAAAUGCAAGGAAUGUGGAAUGGCCUUUACUUGUAGCACAGAACUUAUUCGACAUAAAAAAAUUCACACUGGUGAGAGACCCCAUAAAUGUAAGGAAUGUGAGAAGGCUUUUAUUAGAAGGUCAGAACUUAUUCAUCACCAGAGAAGUCAUACUGGUGAAAAACCAUAUGAGUGUAAGGAAUGUGGGAAGGCCUUUGGUCGCAGCUCAGAACUUAAUCGACACCAGAAAAUUCACACUGGUGAGAAACCUUAUGAAUGUAAGCAAUGUGGAAAAGCCUUUAUUCGUGGGUCACAUCUUAGUCAACAUCAAAAAAUUCAUGCAGCAUAGAGGAAUGAAUGGAGACAUGAGGGAAGGUUCAGAAUUUAAUUGUAAUCUGAAAUUCAUACUAGUAACACCUCCUGUGAUUAUAAGGAAUGUGGGAAAGCAUUUGAGGAUAAUAAUUUAAUAACAUAGUCUGUACUAUAGAUAUAAAGUUUUUAUUUAAGGGCCAAAAUUUAUCGAGCAUUUGUUACUGAUGAGAAACCUUAUGUUCACAAUUGGAAGUGUUUAUUUGUGUUUUAAACCUCAUUUGAUAUCAGAAUUCAAUUGGUGCAAAAACAAAAACCUUCAUGAAUGUAAGAAAAAUGAAAUCAGCAAAUAUGUUAGAGACAUUAAUCAUUUAAAUCUUUCUCAACAUCAGGGUCAUUAACCUUUAGGGAAAUAAAAUAUUUAUAAUAUAAAUGACAUAUAUAUGGGACACCAAUUUGCUUUAGCUGACAAAUUAUCUAUCUGAUAGUCAUACUUAAUGAAGGCUAUAUUAAUAUUAAAGUUGUAGAAAAUUAGUUUACCCUGCCCAAAUCUUGUUCAGAUUUGCAAACUCAUUCUUUAAAAUUAACUUGAACUGAAUGAGAGUGGGAAAGGAUUUAACCAAUAGUUAGUCUUUAUUUGCCUUCACCACUAUAACUCAUAUUUUAUAGGACAAAUUAUUUAACUAUGUCUAAGUUUUCUCAUUUAUAAAUUGGUAAUAUUAGCACCAUUUUUUAGUAGCAUUGUGAAGAUUAAAUAAUUACAUUAUAUCCCAUAGAACAGUGUCUGUAUUGUAUUGAAAGUCUGCUAGAUAAGAGUUGCCUUUAUUAUUAAUAAGCAUUUUUAUUUUCAUAGGUAUUAUUAGAGAUUAUAUAAGAGAAAAGCCUCUGGGGGUCAGUGACUAUAUGAACAUCUUAAUUCAUGUCUUUAUUAAAGAAUGGUAGGUAAUUCCUUCUGGAGAAAAAUUUAAAAACAAACUUUUGUUAUAGCUUAUAUUUUUGUCCCAUCAGAAGAUUCAUAAUGUAAAGAAUCCCAGUAGAAUAAAAGUGGGUAGUUCUGAGGUCAGGGUGAAGACUUGGAUUAUAUAUUAAGACAUUAAAAAAAAUUACAUAGGGCACACCCUAUGGUUUCUGUUUUGGAUAAUUAGAAAAUAACAAAGCCUUAGUCUAAAUGCAUUUUUUUCUAUAUGGAAAUUUAGAAGAAAACUAAAUAUUUUUAUAUUAAAAGGCAAAUUAUCAUUAGUAAUGAAUGACAAAGAGAAGACUACAUGUUGAAAUUUGAAGGAUACAGCAAUGCAAUACUUGAGGAAAAUUUACUUCUUUCAAUAUGUAUAGGAAACAGGAAAAAUUAAGGCCAGGAUUCUUUCCCACUGCCCAUUCCCUAUUCCUGGUAGGUUCCCAGUAAACAUUGUUGAUCAAAGGAAUAAGAGAGUGAACGAAUAAGCAUUUUACCCUCAUAUGUUGAAAAGUUCUAAUAAAAUAAGUAUAGAGCCAAAAAACAAAGAAAAAAACUUGAAAACAUUUUUUUUUUUUUAAUGAAAAACACUGUAUCCUAUAAAGGAAGAAAAAACUCAUGAAUAAGAGCGGGUAUAUAAUUACAAAAGUGGAUGAUAUUUAAAGGAAUAAGCAAUAUUAUUGUGGCUGAUACUGUUGAUUGCCUAUUCAUUGGUAUUAACUAUUCUCCUUUUGUCAGGGUUACCUGCCACCCACUUAAGUCUAAAUGCGAGAUGCUUGCCCACCUAGGUUCCUUUGCAUCUUGGCAUAUGUAUACCAAUUCAGUUAAGUUUUCUUUCCUAACAAAAUAGGAAGAAAUGGUUUUCUUAUAUACAGAAUGCAUGUCUAUAUGUCUUUGUGAUAUUUGGAAUUGUAGCCAUUUUGCAACCAGAGGGGUAAGAGACAGAUUGGCAUGGGAUAGGUGGGAAUUACCUUUGUCCUUAACAUUGUUGAGCUGAUGAAACAAUUCGUAACUGCCCUGUUCCAGACUUAUGUGAAAAAGAAACUCCAUCAUAUCUGUUAUAAGUUUAUACUCAACUUUUAAAAAUAUAUCUGAGUCUCAGGAAAAAAUAUUUUUAUAAAUAUAUACACACAUUUAUUCAACGUUAGUAAGAUGGGAAAUUGUUUAUAUUCAUCUUUUUACAGUAUAACAAAUUGUGGAAAAGCAUUACUUUCUUAAACAUAUUAAUAUGUUGGGUAUAUUUCAGGUAUGGUUUAAGAGCACUACAAUAUAUUGAAUAUGGAAUUAAAAUGAGACAAAAUCUUUUUGCUUUUGGAGAGUCUUGUCUUCAAUUUGUAAAAAAAAAAAAUAAAGCAACAUCUGUAACAUGCAAUAAAGCAAACCACAAUAUGCCUAUAUGUGUAUAUGCACAUUCAACUGUGAUUUGGUAAUUCAUAGGAAAUGUGUAUUUAGAGUAAUUUGCAGUAUGCCUAAUUUAUAUUCAGCUUUUUACAGUUGUCUGAAAUCCUAGAAAAGUACUAUUUUCCUGAAUAAAGUAAGAAUCGUGAGAAAAACUAAAGAACUACACCGUGUUAUUCCUCUAUUUCCAGAGAAUCUUACACAUAAAAUCUUCUAAGUGUUCUAUAUACAAAGUCAUAGUUAUAGGGCUAGCAUAACCUGUUAACCAAAUUUGAGUAAGGAAAGUAUCCAAAUCCAAAUCAGCUAUAAAAAAUAAUACAUUGUAUUCAUUGUAUAUGAAUAUUCCAAUUAAAAUACCAAGUCAAAUCUAGCAGCCUAAUAGAAAAGUAAUAUGAUUUUUUUUAAUCCAGAUAAAGUGACCUGACCUGUC